GGUAUCUACACAGAAACUACAGUUUGAAUAUGCAUAAGAGAAGAGGGAGAACAAGCCGGAUCAGAAGACGAAAACUCUUCAGAAGUUCUGAAUCAAGAGGAGUGACUGAGAGCUACAAGUAUGAAUUUAUAGAGCUAAAGAAGUGGCUGAAAGAUAGGAAGUUUGAAGAUACAAACUUAACGCCUGCUUGUUUUCCAGGUACAGGAAGAGGGCUGAUGAGCAAAACAUCCUUGCAGGAGGGACAGAUGAUUAUUUCGUUGCCUGAGAGCUGCCUGCUUACCACGGACACGGUGAUUCAAAGCUACUUAGGGGCGUACAUUACUAAGUGGAAGCCUCCUCCGUCUCCUCUGCUGGCUCUGUGCACCUUUUUAGUGUCAGAAAAGCAUGCUGGGGACCAGUCUCCCUGGAAGCCGUACCUGGAUAUUUUACCCAAGGCCUACACCUGCCCUGUUUGUUUAGAACCGGAAGUGGUGAAUCUUCUUCCCAAACCUUUAAAAGCAAAGGCUGAAGAGCAGAGAGUCCGUGUGCAGGAGUUCUUUGCUUCCUCCAGAGACUUUUUCUCUUCCCUGCAGCCUCUGUUUGGGGAGGCUGUUGACAGCAUCUUCAGCUACAGCGCCCUCCUGUGGGCGUGGUGCACCGUCAACACCAGGGCUGUGUACCUGAGGCCCAGGCGGCAGGAAUGCCUUUCUGCAGAGCCGGACACCUGUGCGCUCGCUCCAUACCUGGAUCUGCUGAAUCACAGCUCAAAUGUCCAGGUGAAAGCAGCAUUUAAUGAGGAAACUCGCUGUUAUGAACUCAGAACUGCUUCAAGUUGGAGAAAACACGAAGAGGUAUUCAUCUGCUAUGGCCACCAUGAUAACCAUCAACUGCUCCUGGAAUACGGAUUUGUUUCCAUCCGUAAUCCUCACGCUUGUGUUUAUGUGUCAAGAGGUUGGAAUCAAUUUUUCAUCAUUAAUAGAUAUAAUUUUUCUCCCAUUUGGAGUGGUGGUUAUUUUUAGUUUGAAUAAAAAUAGCAAAACCUU